GUGUUAUAAUGUUAUCAUUCUGCACGUUUGAGUAUGUGUUUGUUUCUCUCUGAAGUGUGUGAUGGUGUCCAUGCGUUCCUUACAUUAGAUCAGCUGGGAUUAUGAUUUUAACUCCUGCUUUCUGUGUGAAGAACAUAUCAUAUAUAUCUAUAUAUCUAUAACAUAGACUACUGUGAGUCUUCAUGGAAAGAACACUGAGAUUAAUUUGAAAAAUUUGGGCUUCAAACUGAAUUCGUCAGAUAUUUGUGGACAAGGGUUCCCCUGUAGGGAAGACAUGUUUAUGUUUAUGGUGCUAGAUGGAACUUUUUAAGAAUGUACAUGAGAGAGAAGAAGGUUGGUGAGAUUUUUUCUGUAAUAUUAGGAAAAUGAUUCUCGCUGGAAGGAACCUUGAAGGUAUUGAACCCUGUAACAGUCUGGAUUACUGGAAGAAAGCUACAGAAGGCCACCAGAACCAUUAACCAUUCAAAGAACUAUUGAGGAACCCUUUCUUUUUUGUUGUUAAGAUAAACAGGAAUGAAAAGAUCAUUCCUCUCUCCUUUUUUACACUGAAAGUGAGCUGAUAGUUGAAGGCGAGUCUGAUGCGGUAUUUGGAUCUGCCCCUGUGUCUCCACUACAGCUGAAGCAGCAGAAAUAUCCAGACACUCAGCAAAUGUUUUAUGGUGUAUUGAUCCCGAGAGCCUGAGAGAUGAUAAGGAAAAGUUCAGAUAUACUCGGGGAUUCAGCACAAGUUCAGACAUGAAGUGUCCUGUAACUGUAGCUGGGGUUUGGUCACACAUCAUUUUACUAAACAGUUGUUGAAACGGUGCUCUGUUUAACAAUGAUUGAUUUUCUUCUCCUUUAUCCCUCUGUCUCUCUGUCAUUCACAGCAGGUAGCUCAUCCUUUGUUGGAUGAUGUUCUGGCCCACUGCUUUGAGACCUUUCUGUUAUGGAUGGGGAAUUAUGGAGAAUAACUGAUAUUGGUUCAUUGUCUGUAUUUUCCUUUUGCAUGCCAGUGCCAUGGUUCUUUCAAAAAAAGAUCUUUCUGAGAACAUCCAUCGUCCGAGCUGCAGGAUUUGCGAACACAACCUGUGGCUAGGCGAGAUGUUUUUCCUCGCUUCUGCAUGGGGCUAGAAGGUCUAUAAACUGUGACGCUUUCCCCAUCCCGAUGGUUUCCUCUCAGAUUCUGGACCUCCACAAAAACUAGCUACCGAUUCAGACCACCUCCAGAGCCGAGUGUGAUUGCCUCAUCCACCAGGCAGCGUUAGCUACACGUGGUGCCUGAGAUGGACACGGCGCCCUUGUCGUUUCUUAAAUAAGUGGCUCGUUCUGAGUUCUGGAGCGAGGAGGACUCGUGCCCCAUGGCAUGGGUCAAGCUGUUCAGGAAGCCGGGGAGCGGAGGCUUUGGCGCUGGUACAGGAGGCGUGGCAGGUCCAGGCUUGGGGAAAUCAUAUCAACCAGGAAGCAUGCUCUCACUGGCUCUCACCAAGGGUCUGCUCAAUGAACCCGGCCAGAACAGCUGCUUCCUCAACAGCGCUGUGCAGGUUCUCUGGCAGCUGGACAUCUUCAGGAGGAGUCUGAGGCAACUCUCGGCUCAUUUCUGCCUGGGUGACGCCUGCAUCUUCUGCGCUUUAAAGAGCAUCUUCAGUCAGUUCCAGCAGAGUCGGGAGCGAGUGUUGCCCUCAGACUCGCUGCGUCACGCUCUGGCCGAGACCUUUAAGGACGAGCAGCGUUUCCAGCUCGGACUCAUGGACGACGCUGCCGAAUGUUUUGAAAACAUUCUGGAGAGGAUUCAUCUGCACUUGGUGUGUGAUUCAGGUGAAAUUUGUACCUCCAGGUCCUGCAUCACGCACCAGAAGUUCGCCAUGACUCUGUACGAACAGUUUGUGUGUCGGAGUUGUGGAGCGUCGCUGGAUCCUCUUCCCUUCACCGAGUUAGUGCACUACGUGUCCACUACGGCCCUCUGUCAGCAGGUGGAGCGUGCGUUGGAGAGGACGGACAGGUUGCGCUCUGAUAUGUUCAGUGAACUGCUGCAGGCAGCAAACACCAUGGGAGAUCUGCGCAACUGCCCUAGUAACUGCGGGCAGAGCAUCAAGAUCCGCCGCGUGCUAAUGAACUGUCCCGAGAUCGUCACCAUCGGCUUCGUGUGGGACGCGGAACAGUCGGAUCUGACCGAGGACGUGAUCCGCUCUCUCGGGCCUCACCUCAACCUGUCAGGGCUCUUCUACAGAGUUACCGAUGAAAAUGCUAAGAAGCGAGAGCUUCACCUGGUGGGAAUGAUCUGCUACUCCAGCCGCCAUUACCUCGCCUUCGCCUACCACAGCAAGUCUUCCAAAUGGGUGUUCUUCGAUGACGCCACGGUGAAAGAGAUUGGCUCUAAAUGGAAGGACGUUGCGUCAAAGUGUAUCCGAGGACAUUUCCAGCCGCUGCUUCUGUUCUACGCUAACCCGGAUGGCAGUGCCGUGUCCAAUGAAGACGCCCCCCGACAGACCACCAUGUGGUCCCAGUACAAAUCUGCCCUCAAUGGGGAGGGGCCAGGCAAUGUCAUGAUCUCAGUCCCAAAGAGACUUGACGGAGGAAGAGAAGCUGCAGCGUCACUGCGCAAUAUAAACAAACACACACUGCAGUCAGCAAACCGCGUUAAAGUUUAUCCCGACGGUCCGAGAGAGACGUCACACGGAGCAGAGAGAGCGAGACGAGAAACUGACCGAGUCCAUCGCAGGGCAGAUACACUUCAACACAGAGACGUGACGUAUCCAGGAUCGUCCUCUCCUUCUGAGAACGGCCCUCGCUCCCACUCUGACCACAGAACACAGAGAAUGCCCCGCCCAGAUCGCACGGAUAGCUCCGCCCCCCACAUGAGCACGGUUGGAGGUUCGGGUGGAAAGCCCAAGCCGUCGUGGCGUCCUGUGCGUGAGGUCCUGAACGUGGACAGAGUCCUGAGUGAACUGGAGCUCAGGAAACAGCAGCAGCAAGUCCACGGAAGUCCACGCUGUAAUCGCCGCCAGGAGAGGGCGCUGUCCGAGCGCGGGCCCCGAGGACUCAUGACCAUCUACGAGGACGAGACCAGGCCGGAGACAGAGAGCCGCAGUUCUCAGGAGUCUCGACGUGACGCCGUGCUUAGGGGCGGAGCCACUGCAGUGCCCAGAGCAGACCAUUGGACGAUCCAGAGGACAGAGUCGGGUUACGAGAGCAGUGAUAGGCUGAGCAGCGGUUCUGCCAACGCUGACUCUCCGGGAGUGGAGAACCUGCUAGGGACAGAGACACGAGGAACCGAGUCUCAACAGCUCAGGGCUCCAGGGCACACUCACAGUCGUGUGGACGGUAAAACGGAGGUGGUGCGCUCGCCGAUGAUUCACAUUAAACAUGUGCUGAAGAUUCAGGGCCGGAAGUCUGAGAAUCUGCUGAAAGGAAGUCCGAAUGCGAGUCCCAGGCGAAAGCAGAGAUACUCGUCCUCCGAGUGUAACAGCUCAGACGAGACGAGUAACACGGCGUCCGAGCAGGAGGACAGCGCCUACCGCUCCAGCACCAGCGAGACCGCGCCCGCCGAGUCGUCCCUGGCCCCUCACACUCCGCCCUCACGCCCUAAACACGCCCAGCGGGCAGCAGACGCCCGGAGAGAGCCGCCUUUCCGCCCUCGACUCCUCCAGACACCAGCGUCUGAUCUGAAGUGUGUGGCGGAGCCGGAGCGGAGAGACGAGCAGACGAGCGAGACGGAGCAGAGCCGGAGUAAAGCUGGAGUCUCACUCACCACCUAUUUCUCUGUGGACAGCUGCAUGACGGACGCGUACAGACUGAAGUAUCAUCACCAGAGACCGCUGGUGCUCAGCAUGGCUCCGCCUCCCUCCGAUCACGCCAAGAUCCGAGCUGACACAGGUUCAAACAGCAAUAAAUCCAUGGCAAAGUGGCACCCGGUGUCUCCUAAAGGCCUGGACGAGCACGGAUAUCUGUGACGGUGUGGGAGAGAGGCAUGUCCUCGUCAGUGCCAGGCCGUUGUGAAAUAUGCAGUUUAAAGCUGAAGGCCAAAGAGUCCUGGAAGAGAACGGAUCAUCACGGAAAGCCGGACGGUUUCAUGCUUUAUUGAUGAAAUUCUGACCGGGAUAAAAAAUAAGAAAUAAAAAGUCCAUCAGGUUUAUUCCUCUCAAAAAUCCAGAAUUUGAUCCGGAACAGAAGUGUAAAGGUCGGAGGUGAGUGCCUUCUCUCGGUGUCGUCAUGCAGGACCGCGGCGUCUGAAAGGACUCUACCACCACGUCCUCUAUAUAUAUUUUUCAAAAUUGUCUAUGCAUUCAUUUUUAUUCUUUGUUUAAUAAACUUGAUUUAAAACACUUCUAUGCUUUAUGUCUUUUAUUUAUUUAUUUAUUUAUUUAUUUAUUUAUUUAUUUCAGAUUUAUACACUGAUACACACCAGAUGUGAUGGAUUUGGAACGUGUCAAUAAACAGGAUCAGGAGCAGAGAUAAACCUGCUGCUGUACA